AUGUCAACUACGGUGAAGCGUGAGACACGCAAAAGACCAGCUGCUCCAGUCAGCAACAAGAACAAGAAUAAUAAUAAUAAUAAUAAUAGCAACAACAACGCUGGAUGUUAUGGUACGACCGCGGGCUCCUCCUUUACAGAGUCUAAACGUGUGUUGGCACCACGUACCCGACGGCCGGCGGGAAAAGUAGUCGCCAGAAGGCGGAGUGAGUCUGCACUUGUUCUCGCACUUCGUGCGCACUUUCCACCUCUCCUGCAGCUUCCACAUGCGAAGGAACUAUAUCCCGCUAUUCAGGUGAGUGGGGCUGUUAAGGGUGUAGAGCCGUAUGCUGUCUCUGGUACCAAAUUACUCUCUGUUGGGGAUAGUGCAAUUGCAGGAAUGUAUUUGCGACAAUUACGAGCCUCCUGUGCCGUGUUUGGUUCAAGAGGGAUAUCAGGAGGUGACGGUGGUUGUGGUGGGACCUCUUCAAGUAGUGGUGUUGCACCAAAUAGUAAUAAUAAUAAUAACAACAACAAUGGAGGAAGCAGCGGUAACGCCAAUAAUACAAACAAUAGUACUAGCUGUGACUCUUUAUGCUUAGAAGCGGGAUAUAGCUUCUAUCAUAGUUUAUAUGAACUACAGAGGUGGCUUUUUUCGGGUGGAGGUUCUAUUCGUGGUGAACGACCUAAAAUUGCAAAUAACGCAUGGCAAGCAUUUUUUUGCAGGAGGAAUCGUUCAUGGCGUACCCUUUUAGCUGCAUUAGACUCUGAUAUAAUUAUGGCAGAUGAGAACGCAGCAUCAGGAUUGCUUACAGUGUUAUAUAAUCUUUUGCGUACCACAACUGGUGGACGCCGGAGGCGGGUAGUGAGGAUGUGCAUUCGAUUUCGUCUCCCUCGGCAGUGUGCUUCUAUCCUUGAAGUGUAUGAAAAUGCCUUGACAACCGCCGUAGGAGUUCAACUUUCAAGUAGGAGUAGCAGUAGUAGCAUCACUAGUAGUAGUUGUUGUAGUAGUAAAGGUGUUAAAGGUAGUCUUAUGCUUCAUACUGAAGGUUUCUCCACUAUGAGUGGAGUUAGACGAGAUUCUCAGUAUAUACAUUCAUUACCGUUUUCUUUAACACGGAUUGUUGAAGGGGUUGCGGUAUUGUUGGGUUUUUGCAGUACUGAGAAUACAAAAGUUCUGACUGCAGUACGUCGUACAAAUACUUUACCUCUACUACUACAUGCGGCUAAUUUACUCUUCGUCGUUGUUGAAAACAAUGUAACUUGUUUGGGAUCAUUUCUACAAGGUGGUGCUACAGCUACAGGCGAAGCUAGUGAAACAGGAAUACUUUUUGAUAGUGAUAGUACUAAACGUAUUGAAUUCAUUAUUGGAGGAUUUUUACCAAUUUGUGAUGCUUUUCUCCAUGUGAUUUUAUCACUUUAUCAACUUUCAGUUUCAUCACAAAAUGCAGAAUUCAUGAGUACUCGAGGUGCUGUGCUAUGUUUAAAGGUUGGUUGGAUGGUACACGCAUUUCUUACUACUAUGGCACCUUUACGGUCAUUUUAUAAUUUGGAUUAUCAUCGUCAGCAAGAGCGACAACAACAAAAAUUUCCAGCUCUUUGGUCUUUGCAAGACUCUCUUGAGACUCUCGCCGUUUGGUCUAUGGAGCUACUUUGCCGAAUUUGUACUGUGAAAAAAGGAAGCAAACCUGCACUUGAGGUGGCACACCAGAUGCGUGCCGUUUGGUUACUAUCUGCGUUAAGUACACAUUCAACUGCCUCUGCAGAAAUUGUACUAUCCUCUCUUAACGCUCUAAAUGCCCUAACGGCUAGGGAUAGCUGUUGUCGAGAUCAGCUACAGAAUGAGAUUGGAGGUUUAUCUGCUCUUGUAAAUGGUGUUAUUUCUGCCGCUGAUGGGGCAGGUCGCUCCGUGGCCCAUUGGCAGAAAUUAUACCUCUCCCUCUACGCCCUCUUCGGCAUUGUGACGCUGCCUGGAGAGAUGCCCGCCGCCCAGAGUGAUGGUCGCUCCGUCCGCGCCGUUUCCACUUCGUCCCUUCCACACACUUCACACACGACAGCAGCUGCAAUGACGCCACAGGAGGCGGACAAUGUUUGCGGCGGCUCAUUGUCGUUGACGUCGUCGACGUCGUCGUCGGUCCUUCCGAUCGACCGGCAGCCGGACGUCUUCUCGCCGGAGUUGCACCCCGCCGCCCCCGCCGAGUCGUCCCCCUUCGCCCCACCGCCCCGACUGCCGUGGCACUUCACAGACGCCCACCCGCCGCCCUCCCGCGAGAUCACCGCCCACGUGAUUUCCGAAGCGACGACGGGAGUCGUCGACACGCCCGCGCGGCUCCUCCCACCGCAGUCACCGCUGCCGCUGCAGACACCAGCGAUGCCGGCACGUGUGCGUGUACUGCGGCGUCUCAUUCAGCGCCUCACCUCCUCGCUCUCUAACAUGGAACGAAUCGUAUACGAACGUCCCCCACUUCAGGCAAGAGUGGAUGAGGAGGGACAGAGGGAGGGAGAAGAAGCGGAGGAGGGGCAGAAGACUACAAGUGAGGUAAACACAGUAGGAUACGAGGAGUACGUGCCAUCGGAAUCCAAGAGAGGAGGAAUGCCAUCAAGGUUUUUAAGGUUUGGAGCGAACUUUGAAAGUGGUAACUUGCAGCGUGCGAUUGCUGUGAAGGAAAAUGAGUAUGAUCUUGUAUUAAGCCCAGAUACCAAUACUAACUGUCAUAUACAAUGGUUUUGUUUUAGUGUAGAAGAAUAUACACCUGGUGCAGAAUACCAUUUUAAUAUUCUUAACAUGGAAAAACCUGGUUCCACAUUUAAUGAAGGACAGCAACCACUUAUGCUCUACGUGGACACUUCAUCUACCGUAGGUAAAGAAACUAACGUGCUUGAGUGGAAGCGUUGUGGUUAUGAUAUUUUUUAUUUUCAAAAUUUGUAUCAACGUCCAGAGCGAUGUACAACUACAACUACAACUACAAGUGUUCCCGAUCCUCUUGAAAAUACGUGUCGAACUGGUGUUGGAUCUACAGGAGAUGGUGAAAAGAAGGUAAAUGGAAUGCAAAAAACUUCUAAAAAAUCAACAAAGAAAAAAUCUAAUAAUACAAAACCCUCUUCAAAUGAAAAAGAGGAGAAGAUAUCAUUCUGUUAUUCACUAUGUUUUACUGUGGUAUUCCCUGAGAAGAAGGGUAGGGUAUUUUUAGCUAAUUGUUUUCCUUACACUUAUACGAACCUUCUUGCAGAUGUACAAAGAUGGCAAUUGCAAUCUAGUACAUCUGUUGCUGUAUCGAUACAGGAACUUUGCCGAACUCCAGGUGGACUUCCAGUUCCAAUUCUUACUAUAACAACACCAGUAAACUCUGUUAUUGGUAGUAGUAAUAAUGCUGGUGGGGGAACUGGAAUUGGAGUUUCUGACACUACCACUACUACAAGUACUACUACUACUACUACUACUACUACUACUACUACCAACAACAAUAAUAAUAACAACGUAGACAACGGAAAUAAGAUCCUAGAUGAUGCAUCUGAUUCUCUUCUUUCCAUUACAGUUGACAAACGUCCAGUGUGUAUUGUAACAGCACGAGUACACCCUGGUGAAAGUAAUUCUAGUUGGAUGCUACGGGGACUUGUGGAAUAUCUUCUUCAUGAUGAGGAACAGGGGCACUCUCUCCGAAGUCGUUUUGUGUGGAAAAUCAUUCCUAUGCUUAAUCCAGAUGGUGUUGUAUUGGGGAAUCAUCGUUGCUCACUUGGUGGAGCUGACCUAAAUAGAGAUUUUGCAGAUCCUAAACCAACUGUGAAUCCUGUUAUUUACUCCCUUAAGCGGUUAACACAACAUAUUAUUGAACGAGAGAAACGUCAUGUGGCUCUCUAUGCAGAUUUUCAUGGACACUCACGCGCAAAGAAUUUUCUUAUAUAUGGAUGUACACCCCACAAUAAAACAGAUGAUAAAAAACCACCUACUGGUAAAACUACUGUAACAAACAAAGCAUCAUCAUCUCCAGUUGUUUCUACUGUCAAUUCUACAUCUAGUAAUCGUAAGCGUUUUUCUGGAGGUUCAGGAUCGUUGUGUACUAAUUUCAUUCCUGUAGAAAAACUUCUUCCUUUACUUUUAAGUACACUUUCUCCUGCUUUCUCGAUGUCACAGUGUUCUUUUGCAGUACAAAAAAGCAAGAAAAACACUGGUCGAGUGGUAAUGUACCAGCAGUUUGGUAUUCGUAUGAGUUAUACUUUAGAAGCCACUAUGAUGGGUGGAUUAUCAGAUGGUGUUAGUUGUCAUAACAGUACCACCUUACAGAAAAGUAACACUAAUGGGAAUAGAUGUUUAUUGUAUAAACAACAUCAAAGACAAGGUGGAAAUGAAAAUGAAGACGAAGAAGAAGAAGAGAAAGAGGAAGAAGAAACAUCACGUGAUCUCUAUCCACAAGAGAUUUCAUACACCACUUGUCACUACGAAAACAUGGGAGCAUUAUUAGCCCACAGUCUUGAGCUUCUUGCAGGGGAUGAUGACGGUAUAGAUGCCUUCGAUAAAGAAGCUAUGGAACGUGCAUGGUCUUUGCUUCCUUCAAUAGGUGGUAUGGAUACCUCCGUGAACCUGAAAUCUCCCCUUAUGGGAGGAUCAUAUGCCUUUGCAACUCGUAGAGAAAGACGUUCUGAUGCUAGUAAGACGAAGAAGGAGAAACCAACCACUACAAGUAGUGGAUCAGUGGGAACAAUAUCUCUUGGACUCUCAGUGGAACAGAGGGGAGAGAUACGGCGUGCGUUAUUCUCACGACGACGACUCUCUGGUGUUCAAUUGACGACGGGCAGCACAUCACUUGUGGGUGUUGACAGCGGUGCUUAUGAUGAAGUUGGAGAUGAUGAAGAUGAUGAGGACUCUGUGCCUCCUGUGGAGGAUGAUGAUGAUGACGAGGAGGAUGAAGAAGACGAUGACGAUGAUGUGGAAGAGGAGGAUGAAGAGGAUGACAAUGAGGAAGAUGAGGAAGAUGAUGAUGAGGAGGAGUCUGAGAAAGGUUGA